AUGAAGUUUUUAUGCAAGUGGAUAUAUGAUCAGAUAUGUGAAUAUAAUCUUUUUGCAUCUGAAACAGAUGGAAAUAGUGAACCGGAAAUAUCAGCCGCUAAGAUUGAACGUGAAAAGUAUGCAACAUGGCUGUACGUUCUUCUCGUUCUUGUGUCCCUCUAUGUUAUUUUCUACAUUGCUUUGCUACAAUCCAAUCCUCAAAUGAUCACCAUUGUUGAUAUAAGUCCUUCUUCGUUCAGAAAGCUUCGCGUACAACAACCAGAAACUCUUUCGUGUCGUUGUUCGAAUUCGACCAUACAUUAUAGCACUUUCAUAUCCAACGAGAUCAAUUUCCAUCCAAUUUGUUCCAGUAUUUUCGUCACCGAACGAUGGAUUCGAGCAUUUUACGUUCUCGUUGUUUAUCAUGAUCACGAUGAAAAUUUUGACACCGCAGCAUACUCUCAGCUGAGAUUGCUGGCAAGUCUGUGUAUCUUAUCGAGAGAGGUAGUGUUACAAAGUCAGAGAGAUUUUGACAAUCGGGAGCUGAUUACUAUCGAACUUCAUACCGAAGAUCAACUCGAAUCCAAAAUCAACACUACGAUUGAACAUUUUAAAAACAGUACAAUAACUCAAAUAAUUUCUAUCAUAGAUUUUCUUCGGAUAAUAACUCAUGCGAAUCAUUUUAUCUCAGCCUUACGUACAAAUUUAAGGGCGACGCUUUCCAUACCGUCUAUAGAACAAAAUGAUUCCAUUAUCUAUGGAUCGUGGAGAUUAUUUCGUCCAUCUGAUCAGUUGUUAAGUUCGAAAAGUCACUUUAGUUGUGCCUACAUCAACGGAUUCACCUGUGAUAGAUUAUUUUCUUACCAAAACCCUUUCAAACCGAUUGGUCCAAUUAAAGGAUUCGUUCGAGGGUGCUUGACAUUCGAGGCAUUUCUUAAAAAUACGCUCGAUUGUUUCUAUGACAUUGAUUGUCUCGAAUCACUGGCCACUAGUUUCCCAGUUCCCGAAGAAAUACGUCUGAACUUGACAAAAUACAUUCUACCUAAACAGGAGCAAAAUAGCUCUGUUCAUGAUCAUUUACUAAAUCUUUUCGUUGAAAAAUGGUCAACUAAUAUUCAUUAUUUGGAUUAUUUCAAAACAUGUGCUCCUUCCUUUUGCACAUACACAAUACCACGAGAAACUAAUUUUUUCAGUGCUCUGACUCUUUUAAUUAGUCUUUAUGGUGGCCUCACUAUUAUAUGUCGAACCUCAGCACCAUAUUUAAUUACUAUCGCAGUAAAGCUCAGAAAGCAACCGUUCAGUCGUCGUCGUAUCAAUUUUGCGUCUAUUAUCAGACAAACACAUCAUUCGGUUCGAUGGUUGAAACAAUUGAAUUUGUUUCAGAAGAAUAGUACACAACAAGAGAUCGUCAACACUCGCGUUUACUUACUCUUACUCGCAGGCUCGCUCCUUAUUAUCAUUCUAUUCACAUCUUUGAGUACGGAAAUGAUCGUAAAGACCGUACCUAGCCCAACACUAAAAGAAUAUAAACAUUUGCAAAACUCAUAUUCAAGUUCAUUAAAAUGUCCAUGUUCAACGAUCCUUGUGCCCUAUGGUACUAUGAUUGAACUAUCCGCAAAUUUACAUCCAAUUUGUUCAAGUGAUUAUAUCAGUGACUUUUGGAUAUCAAUAUUAAAACUUGCCGUGAUCCCACAAGCUCCUAUGGACUGGCGUAAUUAUGCCAGUUCGGAAUUCCAAUUGCUAUCAGACUCGUGUAAAUUAGCUAAUAAAACAAUUGCUGACACAAUGAGUCAUUUCAAAAUGCAAUCGUUCAUCGCCUCAUAUGUUCUGAGUGAAUACGAUUUAGCGAAACAACUGAAUGUCACACUAGCCGAGUUUUUUCACUCAACGGUAGUGUCAUUCUCCGAACUUAUUGAAACAGUGCGUUUACUUAUACAGACCGAUCAACCAUUUGCUAAACUAGGCAGCGGUGACUUGGAAGCUUUUCCACUGGAUUUAAAUGUAACCACUAUUACAAAUCAAAUAACUGGCCGACUUUCUUUUGAGAUUCAAUUCAUGCUGGCGCGAGUGAUCGAUGACGAUACAGACUCGGUCAAAUGUAUUUGUGCUAUGAACAAACACUGUCAUACUUCCUUUGCUCUUUAUGACGUCAAGUAUAUCAAUGCGAAUGAAUAUAAUUAUACAAAUAUAUACACACUACCAGGCAUGGUAAAAGCUUGUUUUGUUAUUGAAUCGGUAUUUUUAUCGACACUUGAGUGUUUCUAUAUGAGUUCAAGUUGUUUUCCGCUUCUGAUGAAAUACAUCAGAGAAAAAUAUGAGCAAAAUGCGCUGAAUCCAGCAUGGAUUGAUAUUCAACCACUUGUUUAUCGGGAAGAAUCGAGUCGUUUUCCUCCGAAGAUGCCUAUUUCGUUUGUAAUGAAAGAGAUGAUGAUUGAAAAAUGGAAUCCAACGGUAUUCUACGAGAAUUUCUACGAAAAAUGCGCUCCAAUUUAUUGUACAUAUAUGAUUACAAUCCGUACAAUGACCAUCACGAAAAUAUUAACCUUAUUGAUAUAUACGAUCAGCGGAAUCACUUCUACACUGUAUCUUCUCACUCCUCUGCUUGUGAAGUCAGUCUUCUUUUUGAAGCGUUGGAAGAUUUGCAAACAAAGACAACGUCAAACAGUGACUCGUUUGAAACUUUCCGAUAAAGUUAAAACCAUAUUCAAAAUGCUGUUUAAACAUCUUGACGAAUUGAACAUCUUUUCCUCGAGAGACUUUGCCAGUCAGAUUGAUCGAAGUACGGCUACACAGCUCGGCCGAUGGACUACUCGGGUCUAUAUUUGCCUACUCAUCUUUGGACUUGCUAUCUUUGCGGCAUACAGCGCUGUCAAGCCUCGUACUCUGGUAAAAACAUUUGAUAAGCCAUUAUUUGAGACAUACAAGCAUCUGAAAAAUAUGCACGGUAAGAAACUCGAAUGCACGUGCUCAUCUAUUGCUUCAGCAUACAAACAAUACGUCAUCAUUAAACCGAUAUUUCAUUCAAUUUGUUCAAGUAAAUUUAUUUCUGAACAAUGGCGAAUGAAUCUAACGAAAAAUCUUGUUGCUGACCUGUCUGUUUACGAUUUCAAAGAUUAUCGUCGUUUUCUUUCAGCUCAUUUACAGUUUCUUCAAGGAUUAUGUGAACUUUCCGUAACAUCGGUGAGAGCAUAUAUCAGUCGGUUUCUCGACUUAUAUCUAAUCACUCCACAUCUUCUAUCUGAAAACGAUCUUCAAAUCCUCCUUGACUCAUCUAUUGAACAUGGAAAAACAAAUGCUCCCGGUAAGAUAAUUCAACUAUUAUUUUUAAUUCGAACUAUGAAUCAUGGCAAUGGUAUUAUGACAACAUAUGGUACUAACUAUCAAUACUUUCCCGCGGCCGAAGAUGCACAUGGUUUACCACAAGCUAUAUCGUCUCGUGGUGUCAUUCAUGACAAUCAAUGCGACUGUGGAGUGUAUUAUAAUUGUACAAGUGAAGCAAGAUUUAUACAAAACAAUACUUCGAAAACCGUUUCAAUCAAAGGUUUGAAAAUAGGCUGUGCGCCGAGUGAAUCUUUUCUUGCUUCGACCCUCGAAUGUUUCUAUGAUUUAUCAUGUACUAAACUCAUUGGAGGAUACAUGAACUAUUCAAUCUCUCCGCUUAAAAAUCGAAUCCAAGUCUACUUGAAUGCGACCGUCAAUGAACUUAUGCGGAAGUCCUUCGUUGAAGAAUGGAAUCAAAGCAUUACUUAUUCAUCUUAUUAUCACCAAUGUGCACCUGCAAUCUGCUCGUACACAUAUACACAAAAGCUUUUUUCAUGGUAUACAUUGACACUUCUGAUGGGUCUUCAAGGUGGCUUGUCGAUUGUUCUCAAAUGGAUCACUCCUAAACUUGUUCAAAUUACACUCAAGAUAUACUACUAUCGAAAGAAACAAGGAAAUAUAAUUCAACCAGUACCUGUCGUUGAACUCAAUCGAAACUCGAACCCUACUCUUCCUUCAACAAGUCACGACUUGUGCAUAGCUAUCCUGAGAUGGAUUUUUGCAAUGAGUUUUGUAAUCAUAGCUCUUGCUAUAUUUUCCAUUGUUUUUAUUCAACAUCGACGACAUCAACUCGCAACAACACGAACAUCUAUUUCAUUAAGUACGCCUACAGUCACAGUAAACCAGACAACAAUAAAGAAUUCUGUUAAAACUUGUCAAUUGCAAUUUAACGUGAAAUCAAUUUAUCAACUAACAACUCGUCAGAUGAGUCAACCUAGAUUCAUCGUCACCGAUUUCAACAAUGAUCGCCAAGCUGACAUCCUCAUUCGUUGUGCAUUACUCGAAGCUGAUGUUAUACUCAUUGCAAAUGGCGAUGGCACUUUUACGGCACAGACCGUAUUUCCACAACAAGCUCAUUAUUUCGACGUCGCCAUUGGUGAUUUCAACAACGAUCAGCACGCUGAUGUGGCGUUCGCGAAUGAUUAUUCGGGAGUGAAUGUUUGGCUCGAAUGGAACAAAAGCGCAUCUCAACUUCCAAUUAAAACUUUGACGAAUACCCACAAUCGACUAGAAUCGUUAACUAUCGGCGAUUUUGAUCGUGAUGGUUACUCAGACAUUGCCGGAUUGGCAAUAUCAGGACACAGAAUUAUGAUACUAUUCGGAUGUGGGAAUGGAAGUUUCAUUCAAACACAGAACAGUAUCGUGUAUGAAGGCGGCAUGCUGCAACCAGAAUCAGUGAUCGCUAUUGAUUUCAAUAAAGACGCGAAUUUGGAUAUUAUCUCUCUUGGCAAGAGCACAUUUCAAAUAGUCAUAUGGUUCGGCUAUGGAAAUGGAGUGUUUCACGAGAAAAAGGUAUUGUACACAACACAUGCAUCCUUUCUUCCUAUAUCGCUACAUGUGGGUGAUUUUAACAACGAUGAUCGCUUAGACUUUCUCGUUUCUUAUCAUGGAAAAACAUUUGUUACAUUGAUGUUUGGAUUCGACAAUCAUAACGUGAAUAAAAAUGUCGAAUUUUCCAUUGGUGUUGGUACUGUUAUACAUCCUUUUGUUUUCGAGACUAGUGCACGCUCCUACAUCAUUGUGGACGACUUCAAUCAAGAUAAUUCUUUGGAUUUUAUUGCGCACAAUAGACGUAUACACUCCGUCAAUAUUUUAUUUGGUGAUAGCCACGGAAAUUUUCAAAGGAAACAAAUUUCUCUCGAUGAUAUUCCACAUGCACAAGGCUAUUACUAUGGUGCUGUAGCAGAUUUCAAUAGCGAUCGUUACAAAGAUCUGGUCACUUUCAAUUGGGAUAAUGACACAGUUGAGAUCUUUUAUAACACAGGUGAAUGUUAA